CAAUCUGCCAGGGACUUAACUAACUUUCUUUUCUUUUCUUUUCUUUUCUUUUCUUUUCUUUUCUUUUCUUUUCUUUUCUUUUCUUUUCUGGCUUCUUGAUAACCAGCCUGGGGGGUUCAGAAACACAAUUUGUGACAUGUUGGUGAGUUUAACUUCAGUGUUUAACCAUCAGUUUUGGGAGAAUCUGCUUUCCUUUUUUGCAACCUGCCUUGACCUUGGCAUUUUCAGUGAGGGCUGCCCCAGAGUUACACACCCAAUAAUUAGAAAAACGUGGCCCCAAAUCACUUGUGGAAAUGGGGCUUUGGCAGCUUAGUCACUCUGGUGCUUUUGAAAAUGUUACCCUGACUAAACAGUGAAACUGACAGCAUGCAAAAUGCCAAGUAAAUAGACUGGCGAAUAGAGUGUAAUCUGUUGUUCUUCUCUAAUCUCGUCCAGUUCCGUCUUAUUUGGCAAUGUUUGCAACAAGAGCCGGUGAAACAUUUUCUGGGCAGAAGUGGGCUGUCAAAAUGAUGGUGCCUCAUUAACUCCCUUUCCCCGCCUCCAUUUUUUAAACUUUGCUCUGCUGUUUGCAGUUUGGAAUCACUGGCUUCUCCCCAUCUGUAUGUGUGGCGAAGGGCAUCGUCUUUUGGGUCUGGGGCAAGAAGGAAAGAGAUCCCGGCCAGAAACAAGGUAUUUCCUUUGACACCAAUGGCAGCCCUGUUGGACAGAGAUGGGAGAGGGUUCCACAUCCUCACUCCUGUGCUGGAAAGCACGGCCCUGUCAAAGGCUGCAGGCACCAGGGUUUACAUGAAGCUGGAGAAUGUCCAACCUACCGGCUCGUUCAAGAUUCGGGGGAUUAGCUACUUCUGUCAGGAGGCUGCCAAGAAGGGCUGCAAACAUUUUGUUUGUUCGACAGGGGGGAAUGCUGGCUUUGCCACGGCCUACGCUGCCAAGAAGCUGGGGAUCCCUGCCACCAUCAUAGUGCCAAAGAACACCCCUCAGGCCACAGUGCAGAAGUUGGAAGAGCAGGGGACGGAAGUGGAGGUCUUUGGGAAGGUCUGGGAUGAUGCCUACGUAAAAGCCCUGGCGAUAGCGGAGACUGAAGGCUGGGUCAAUGUCCAUCCCUUCGACCAUCCUUUGAUCUGGCAAGGCCAUGCCAGCAUGGUCAAGGAGCUAAAGGAUGUGCUCGGCCACAAGCCAGGAGCCAUUGUCCUGGCGGUGGGCGGUGGAGGGCUGCUGGCUGGAGUGGUGGCUGGUCUGCAGGACAUGGGCUGGCAGGAUGUACCCAUCAUUGCUGUGGAAACCAAAGGAGCUGAUAGCUUCAAUGCAGCGCUCAGGGCUGGGAGAUUGGUCACCCUGCCGGAGAUAACCAGCGUGGCCAAAUGCUUAGGAGCCAAGACGGUGUCUGCCCGGGCACUGGAAUGUGCCAGCGAAUGCCAGGUCAUCUCACAGCUGGUGGAGGAUGUAGAAGCAGUCCAAGCUGUAGAGCUAUUCCUGGAUGAUGAGCGGCUGCUGGUCCAGCCUGCCUGUGGAGCCCCUCUGGCCUUACUCUACACAGGUCGGGUUCAACAGCUGCAGCGGGAAGGGUUCUUGAGCCCGGACCUGGACUCCAUCAUCAUCAUUGUGUGCGGAGGAAGCAGCAUCCAAAUGGCUGGGCUCCAGGCCCUGAAAACCCAGCUGGGCAUGAAAUGACUGUGGAUGCCAACCCCAGGACGGCGCAUGGGGCAGGGGUGCAUGGGAUCCCAUGGGACACUAAUAAAUCAUAUCACUGGGUUUUUGUUAGUGGCAUCUAAUGGAAUUCAAACCAGUUUAUAGAAUAAAUACCAAGCUACUCUUAUGGCUUGGAUCCUGAGCUCACCGCUGACUGCGUUAAUGCUGCUGGGCAUGGCUGCCGUGUCCUGGGUAAGAAUGAAGGAGGAGUCAGCUGAGUAAUGUUGGUUCUCUGAGCUGUGGCAGUCUGUGCCAUUUGGGAAGGUACUUUAGGACACUCAUUGAAGCUAGGCAAGUUAUGGAUUGUGACUAUCUAUCACUGUGGUUUUAACCCAUCUUUCUCGGUGUGAAUCGUUCACAACUGACCCUGAUUUCUGUUAUUCACGGUGGUUUAUUUGCUGAAUAAUUCUCAGACAAUGGGGCAAAAUGUUCAUGUCAGCUCUUUGUUGUUUGUGGUUGGUCACCAGUCAUAAUAGAAUUGUUUCUGCUUCCUGAUUGGAUGACUGAAACUUGUUUAGCUAGCAAAUAAAGGAAAGUGAAUGAUGGAUUCUGCAUAGCACUCUUCACAGGCCAAACGCUCAGAUGAAUAAAUAUUUGUGCUAAAAAUC